AUGGCCGAGGCGUGGACGACGCCAGGGCGCCGGCGACGUGCGCCGCCCGCGCCGCCGGCGCAGGCGUGGGGCGAGCUCAGCGAUGAGGACAAGGAGGCACGUAUCGAUAGGCUGGUCGAUGCCGUUCAAAAGAAGCAGGGCGCACUGCACGCGUCCGCCGCACAGCAGCGGUUGCAGGAUCUCUUUGCGGCCGUGCGCAACAGGGAGGGUGCGCCGACAUCGAUCCUUUGCCUCGGCAUCGGCGCGCUGCGGGACGCGGCCGCACAGAUGCAACUCGCAAUGCUGUUGGAGCUGCGCAGCGCACUCGAGUGCCAUCCGCCGUGCGUGUGCCCGGUCGAGGUGUACGACCCCCUGUUUGAUGCACAGGACGCGGCGCUCGUGCGCCGCCUGGGCAUGCGCCUCCCGGACGCCAACAAGUGUGGCUCCUAUACGCUCGACGCACCGACACUCGCCUACAUGCCGCACUGCCCGAAAGAGCUGUACGACGCGCUGCUGCGUGCCAACUGGAGCAAGGACGGCCUGCGGCGCCUUGUCCUUUGUGGAAACGAUUUGGAGCGGUACUCUAUGUCUGCCGACACGCCUGCGCUCGCACGGAUUAGUCCGCACACCCAGCGCUACGCGAUGCCCGACUAUGACGCGGCGCCGACCGGCGCGCUCGACGCGACGCUGCAUGUCUUUUUCACGACGCUCGCCUGUGAGCCGCUUCUCGUGGAAGAGAGCGGCUGGAGCUACCAGCCCGCCCCCCGCAAAGCCAAAGGGCGCACACGCAAAAAACCGGCGCCUGCCCCUCUUCCUGCUGUCCUCCAGCCAGAGGAGGAGGCGUUUUGGACGUUACCGAGCGCGGCCGCGUCCGGAGCCGAAGUAUUUACAACGUCCAUCGAUGCCCUAUAG